AGGAGGAGGAGAAGGAGGAGUGGGACCGGACUGAGAGGGUAAAAGCGACGGGAGCGUGAAGGAGCGGGGCUGCAGGGGAGCGAGCGGAGCGCGGGCGGCCGCGGGCGGGAGCGGAGCGGAGCGGGACGAGCUGCCCGAGGCYGGGGCUGCCCUGCCGGGCCAUGGCGCGCCGGGACGGCGGCGGGACGGGGCUGCCGCGGCUGUGGCUGCUGCUCGGGCUGUGGCUGUGGGCGCUGAGCCCCGGCCCGGCCGCCGCCUGYAGCCCGCGCUGCCGGCACGGCGGGCUCUGCCUCGGCGACGGCUCCUGCCUGUGCUCCAAGGGCUACGAGGGGCAGCGCUGCCAGCACGCUACAUGUUAUCCAAAAUGCAAAAAUGGUGGAGAAUGCCUCCAACCUGGAAAAUGCAGAUGUCCACCUGGGUAUGGGGGCAGAUACUGUCAUAAAGUAAGCUGUGAAGGAGGCUGUCAGAAUGGGGGGGAAUGCGUCUCUGUCAAUGGAGUGGUGAAGUGCCUUUGUGCUCCUGGCUGGACAGGAUCAAGGUGCCAGGAAGCAAUUUGUCCUCAAGGUUGUCGGAAUAACGGAGCUUGUGUGGCUCCUGGGAUUUGUAGCUGUCCAGCUGGAUGGGUUGGUAGAGCGUGUCACUUAGCUGUAUGUAAGCUGCCCUGCCAACAUGGAGGCAAAUGCAUCGCUCCAAACGUGUGUCGAUGUCGGCUGCCAUACUCCGGGCCGCAGUGUACAAARAAAAGGAAGGAAUGAAGCAACUUCAGCUGAGAUAAGCUGCAUUUUUUUUUUCAUCCAGCUAUACAGAGAGGAAGUCUGCAGCAGUGGGGGACCUUAAAAUAAACAUGGUGACUUGAUUUCAGAUAGCUUUUUGCCCUCAAUAUAUUAAGUAAAUGCUUUUCURUAUGAAAGGGAAGUAUUGCUGAUUGUAGCAAAGUUGUUAUAAAUAUCCAACUGUGUGCACUGUAUGACACAGGUUUUCUUCUGUUAUUUUUUUUCAUAAGCAGAAAUAUUAUGUCUUGGUUGAUACAGUUGACCUUGAAAUAAAAUUUUUCUUCAAAUCAAGUACUUCAGAAUAGGUCUACGCU